AUGACCUUCCCAGAAGUUAAGGCGAAUGUGACGAUGGCUAGUUGUGGGGCGAUGCAACUUGCAGCAUGGGUUCCCUUCGACCUUUCACUUUCUCACGUGUACAUGAUUUUUUCCAUCAGUGUCCAAUUAAUUACCACGCGGAAAAAGGAGCAUUUCGCUGCAUUCAUGGGACUUUCCCAUGUGUAUGCAAAUGAUGACAAAAAGCAGAAGGAGGCUUCGAGCUUACUUCAAGCAAUGUUAUCGAUUGGUGAAAACGUCAACAACACAACCUAA